GUUGCCCUCUGAGACCACGUGACGCGGCGCGCGAGCGGGGCGGGGUUGGGGUUGGCGGGGGGGGAGAGGGAGUCACGUGAUUCAGUUAUGGAGGUUGUGGACAAACCCGAGGCCGGUUUCCGACUGAGGAGGAAAAGUCGGAGCUGAGAGAGAGCAAGAGCAAGAGCAAGAGCAAACCGAGUGAAAUGACGGGAACAUGGGUGCCAAGGAAUCAAGGAUAGGAUUCCUUUCCUACGACGAAGCGGUGAAACGAGUUACGGAUGUAGAACUAAAAAGAUUGAAAGAUGCUUUCAAGAGAACGAGUGGACUUUCUUGUUAUAUGAACCAACAAGCCUUUGUCAGGGAAGUACUUGGCGAUGGAGUUCCACCCAAAGUUGCAGAAGUUAUUUACCAUUCAUUUGGCGGAACAUCAAAGGGCCUUCAUUUUAAUAAUUUAAUAGUGGGGCUAGUCCUCCUGACCAGGGGAAGGGAUGAAGAAAAGGCGAAGUAUAUUUUUAACCUCUUUGCAAAUGAAUCUGGGAGCUAUGUUGUACGAGAGGAAAUGGAAACGAUGUUACGAGCUUGUGAUGGAGAAGUUCAACUGGGAGUCAAAAAUUGCUUUAUAGAGGGAGAAAAGGUAAAUUAUGAGAAGUUCAAGAAUUGGCUCCUUCAGAAUAAGGAUGCAUUCACAUUUGCUCGAUGGCUGCUGUCGGGAGGAGUGUGUAUCACUCUUACUGAUGAUAGUGAUACACCUACAUUUUAUCAAACUCUGGCUGGAGUCACUCACUUGGAAGAAUCUGAUAUAAUUGAUCUUGAGAAACGGUAUUGGUUGCUGAAGGCUCAGUCAAGGACAGGACGUUUUGAUUUGGAAACAUUUGUUCCUUUAGUUUCACCGCCCAUCCAUCCAUCUUUAAGUGAAGGUUUAUUCAGUGCUUUUGAUGAAAAUCGUGACAAUCACAUAGACUUCAAAGAAAUUUCUUGUGGGCUUUCUGCUUGCUGUAGAGGACCUCUUGCUGAACGGCAGAAAUUUUGUUUCAAGGUAUUUGACACUGACCGAGAUGGAGUUCUGUCUCGCACUGAAUUAGAAGCAAUGAUCGUUGCACUUUUGGAAGUCUGGAAAGAUAACCGCACUGACAGUAUUCCUGAACUUCACAUGGGAACAGCUGACAUUGUAAAUCAUAUCUUAAAGAAACAUGAUACCACCAAAAAGGGACACUUAACACUAGAAGAUUAUCAGAUUUGGGGUGUAAAAAGUGCUUUGGCCAGUGAGUUUCUUAAUCUCCUAUUUCAGAUAUGUCAUAUAGUUCUUGGUCUAAGACCAGCUACACCAGAAGAGGAAGGGCAGAUUAUCAGUGGAUGGCUGGAAAGAGAAAACAGACAUGGCCUACAAACUGGACAUAAUUGGUUUUUGAUUUCAAUGCAGUGGUGGCAGCAGUGGAAGGAAUAUGUAAAAUAUGAAACAAAGCCAGUCAUAAUAGAACCUUCUUCAAUAAUGACUCCAGGAAAAAGCCAACAUCAAUUACAUGCUCUGGAUCAAGGUGAAGACAAACCUGGAGUGCAGAAUUCAUUUACUUCUACAGAUGAAAAAUAUUUUGAUAACAUUUCAAUUGCAUCUGAAGCAUCCGAGAGCACUGGCACUGGCUUGUAUCAGUCUAGUCCAGCUGGUACUGAUGUUUGCUUUGCCAGACAGUACAACAGUUUGGACAACAAUGGUCAAUGCUUCCUGGGUGCUAAUGGAAACAUCUUAGGACACCUCGGUCUACAGAAACCAGGAGCUAUAGAUAACUUAUUACUUGUAAUACAAGGGUCUGUGAAGGCUCCUACGUUAACAUUAGAGGGUGGACGUCUGAAACGCAAUCCAGCUUUGGUUCAAGGCAAAGACUAUGAGGUUGUCCCAGAACCGGUAUGGAGGGCAUUGUACCACUGGUACGGGGCAAAUCUAUCUCUACCUAGGCCUGUCAUUAAAAAUACCACAACAAGUGAAGAAGAGCUGGAGUUGUUUCCUCGCUACCUUCUAUUUUUGCGUCAACAACCAGCCACACGCACUCAACAGUCCAACAUCUGGGUGAAUAUGGGAAAUGUGCCUUCACCAUCAUCACCAAUGAAACGAAUGCUAGCUUACACGGGCUGCUUUAGCCGAAUGCAAACAAUAAAAGAUAUCCAUGAGUACUUAUCUCGGCGGCUUCGAAUAAAGGAGGAAGACAUGCGACUGUGGCUGUACAAUAGUGAGAACUACCUUGCACUACUGGAUGAUGAGGAUCACACUUUAGAAGACUUAAAAAUUCUAGAUGACCAACACUUGGUGAUUGAAGUUCGCAACAAAGAUAUGAGUUGGCCGGAGGAGAUGUCAUUCAUUGCAAACAGUAGCAAAAUGGACAGACACAAGGUUCCAACUGAAAAAGGUGCCACAGGGCUAAGUAACCUGGGAAACACGUGUUUUAUGAAUUCCAGCAUCCAGUGUGUCAGUAACACACAGCCACUUACCCGGUACUUCAUCUCAGGGAGACAUCUUUACGAACUCAACAGGGCUAACCCAUUAGGAAUGAAGGGUCAUAUGGCUAAGUGCUAUGGAGAUCUUAUCCAAGAGUUGUGGAGUGGAACUCAGAAGAAUAUAGCACCACUUAAACUCAGGUGGACGAUAGCAAAAUAUGCUCCAAGAUUUAAUGGUUUUCAGCAGCAGGACUCUCAGGAGCUUCUCGCGUUCUUGUUGGAUGGUCUCCAUGAAGACCUCAACAGAGUUCACGAGAAGCCUUACGUGGAGCUAAAGGAUAGUGAUAGCCGUCCGGAUUUUGAGGUCGCAGCAGAGGCAUGGGACAAUCACUUGAGGAGAAAUAAAUCAAUUGUUGUUGACCUGUUUCAUGGACAACUAAAAUCGCAAGUUAAAUGUAAAACGUGUGGUCACAUCAGUGUUCGGUUUGAUCCAUUUAACUUCUUGUCCUUGCCUCUGCCAAUGGAUAGCUACCUACACCUAGAAAUAACAGUUAUCAAAUUAGAUGGUUCAACGCCGGUCCGGUAUGGUUUACGAUUGAAUGUGGAUGAGAAAUAUACUGGUUUGAAAAAACAAUUAAGUGAUUUGUGUGGACAGAAAUCGGAGCAGAUCUUGCUGGGAGAGGUUCAUGGUUCCAAUAUAAAAAAUUUUCCUCAGGAUAACCAGAAAGUACGGCUGUCGCCAAAUGGUUACCUUUGUGCUUUUGAAAUCCCUGUUCCAGGAUCACCAACUUCUGCCACCUCUCCUGUACUGACAGAUUUCUCCCAGGUGCCAGUAGGUAAUGGAACGCAUAACCAGUCUUCGAAUGCAAAUCCAAUGAAGCCAAACCUGAUUCCGAAUGGAAUUCCUUGUACAGAGGUGCCAGCUGACAAUGAGAAGAGCAUCCCCAACGGCCUCCCCAAUGGACACCUGCCAGGGCUUAAUGACAGUCCAUUCAUAGGAUACAUUAUUGCAGUUCACAGAAAAAUGAUGCGGACAGAAUUGUAUUUUCUGUCCUCUCAGAAAAAUCGCCCCAGUUUAUUCGGUAUGCCACUCAUCGUGCCCUGCACCAUACAUACUCGCAAGAAGGACCUCUAUGAUGCUGUAUGGAUACAGGUUUCACGACUUGCCAGUCCUUUGCCACCUCAAGAAGCCAGCAACCAUGCUCAAGACUGUGAUGACAGUAUGGGUUAUCAAUAUCCAUUCACUCUUCGAGUUGUUCAUAAGGAUGGAAAUUCCUGUUCAUGGUGUUCAUGGUACAGAUUUUGCCGAGGGUGCAAGAUUGAAUGUAACGAUCAAAGAGCGAGUGUUGGGAAUGCUUACAUAGCCAUUGACUGGGAUCCAACUGCUUUACACCUCCGAUAUCAGACUUCACAAGAGAGGAUAUGUGAGGAGCAUGAAAGUGUUGAGCAAAGUCGUCGAGCACAAGCAGAGCCUAUUAAUUUGGACAGCUGCCUCCGGGGUUUCACGAGCGAGGAGGAAUUGGGCGAGGACGAGCUGUAUUAUUGUUCCAAAUGCAAGACUCAUCGCCUGGCAACAAAGAAACUUGAUCUCUGGAGGCUUCCACCAAUCUUGAUAAUUCACUUGAAAAGAUUCCAGUUUGUUAAUGGCCGCUGGAUUAAAUCGCAAAAGAUUGUUAAAUUCCCCCGGGAAGGUUUUGACCCUGGUGCCUUUUUGGUACCCCUUGAUUCAAAGGAGACUGAGCAACAGGCAGCACAAGUGGGACUGAAGAAAUCGGAUUUGAGGAAUACCCAAGAAUUGGAUACUGGUGACUGUCUUGGAGUACAAUCUGGUGUAAACGUAGGCAAUUUAAAUUUGAAAGCAUCUCCACCUUCAGGAAGAAAAAAUCAGAAUAAUUCGUCAAGCAAAAACAACAGCCCUACAAACAGCCCGAAACAAGGAAAAAGCAGAGGUCGGCUACGCUUACCCCAGCUUGGGAAGAACAAACUUUCAAACAGUAAAGAAAACCUGGAUGGCAGCAAAGAGAAUAACUGUAAUGUGGAUCAGAUAUUAGAGAAAAAGAAUGUCAGAAAUGCCCACUUGGACCAAGUCGUAGAUGACACUGAUACGGCAAACUGCUCUGGGGGGGACAACGAGGGGGUAAGGCCGGAGGUUGUUGCAAACACGGAAUUGAUUGUAGUCAAUGGAGUGUGUCACAACAAACAGCAGAAUGGAUUUGGAAGUUGUAUUAAUGGAGAGUGCGAAAGCAACACAAUUGAAGAUGUAUCUGCAGAUGACCAAAGAGAUUCAGUCCGUUUGAAGCCUCUAUAUAACUUAUAUGCAAUCUCGUGCCAUUCGGGAAUCUUGGGAGGAGGCCAUUAUGUCACAUAUGCCAAAAACCCCAAUGGGAAGUGGUACUGUUACAAUGACAGUAGCUGUAAGGAGGUACAUCCUGAUGAAAUUGACACUGACUCGGCCUACAUCCUUUUCUAUGAGCAGCAAGGUGUCGACUAUGCACAGUUCCUGCCAAAGACAGAAGGCAAGAAGAUGGCAGACACUAGUAGUAUGGAUGAAGAUUUUGAAUCUGAUUAUAAAAAGUACUGUAUUCUGCAAUGAAUGUGUUCUUCCAUUCACCAGAUGCCAUGUGUUUGCUCAAAGACUGGCAACAAAACACUCCAAGUUGAGAAUUUCAGGGUUGGACAAGUUUUCUGCUCAAAAUAUGCUGCUUCUGCAAAUUCUUUUAUGUGAUUAUGAAGCACAAGAAAAACACGUAGAAGUUGAAAACAGAUGGUUAUACUGAUUUUUUUUUUCUCUCUCUCUAGUUGCUCUUUGCAACUUGUGUCAGUAGCCAAUGUGAUCUGCUACCUCCUUUUCUUAAAGUGUUUGGGUUUCAUACAUUGUGUUGACGAGACCAGAAUGGUAGCAUGUCAGGAGGAAAUUGAAACGUACUAAAACUUGGGCUACAGCAUUUUAAUUCUAACAAGAGUUAUAACUAUUCAUGUAGACUAUUUUCGCCCCGAAUGAAUUUUGAGUGAAUAGUUCAUGAAACACAGUUUACAUUUGUUACCUUUCUAAACUACUACUUCAGCUUGUAUUUUUAAUGUUACAUAGCAUUAGGAACAUUAAUAUUUUAAACAAAUUCAGGAGAAUACAUUUUUUAAUGUAAAAUCCUGAAAAAUGAUACGCAUGUGCCAUAACCAAUUGAACUCUUGAUAAAACUAACAAUGAAUUUACACAGCAUCAAUUUAAAAAGGUAAUGCUGCGUUGGGUUGUGUUUCGUGAAUUUUCCACAUUUUUGUCUGAUUUAUGUGAGCGUAGACCCUUGUGACCCUUAAAAUGACAUUUUGUAAAUCAGAUAAUGCUACACCGGUCUGGACAGUUUCUGUACUGUUAACCAUUCAUAUUUAUUAUGAAUAUAUCCUAAACUAUUUUUAGGUUGUUAAUUUUCAUUAUAAUGAACCUGAAGAAACCUUAUUUUGAAGGUUUGAUAUUGUUGCACCAAAAUCUCCCUGCAUUUUCAGCACUGCUAAAUACUAUAUGGUUUUGUUUAGGCCUGCAUUGCAUCACUGUUAUUUUGGACACAAUUGAUUCUUGGUUUAAAUGUAACAUCUGUUUGGAUUUUUAACUUGGUGUCAUUACUUGAGCUGUAAAGCCUCGGUACACAUCAAUGGAUUUUCGGACAGAAGUUGUUUUUUUUGGCAUAAACAAAUCCUAGUUCACCGAAACACACGAUUUCCUGAUCUAUUUUGCUAUAUUCGAAACUGGAACGGAGUUUGAUUUCCAGAGUUAGGUACUAUGAUUGAACAGUGUUUUGCCUUUAGAGGUGAUUGCAAUUCCCACCCAAUGUGACUUUUAUUGAUAUCCUGCAACAUCCUACAGCUACUCUGAUGGUCUUAAAUAUAUAUGUAUAAAGACUACUAAUUAAGCUCUGCUAAAGGGGAACAUUGGAAAACACAAUGUAAUGUAUUGUAUGUCUUUGUUUUAUUUCUUUUUGUCAUUUUAGUCAGUGUUGCACAGUUAAACUUCCUUCAAGAUUGAUGGCUAAAUACUCUGCCUCUCAUUGCUUGGCAUUCUAAUUAAUCAUGCCUUGCAUUAUCUACACAGCAGAGUUUGUGCUCUUAACAUUAAACAGUUUAGUGUAUUUUGAAACUUCUGGAAAAGUACCACUGCACAAUGUUAAGAACAAAUCAACAGCUUUAUGUUAAUUUGUGUUUCCAGAAUUGUUCCUCUUUUUAUGUUCUACAUGAGUUAAAAACAAAAUGCCUGAGUGAAUGAUUGUGUGAGAAAUGAGUAUUUUAAACCAUUCUCUCACUCACAAUCCUGAAAUAAGGGCAAGUAGUGCAAUCUACUGCUGUUAUUGUGUGUUCUUACAAGUCUGUUAUAGAUAUAAUGGUUGAAAAAUAUUCUUUUUUAUUAAAUUAAAUCAUUAAUAACUGAAGAAUUUAUUAAAUUAUCUGAGAAACUACAUUACAUCUUAUUUUGUAAAUUCUUGUAAAAAUAUUGACAUUGCACUGAAUUGGAAAAUUUUUAUGUACAUAAGUGCUUUGUAAAUAUGGCAGUGAAGUAUUGUAAUACAAGCUGUAAAAACUGUACUUGUAAUUGUAUAUGGAGUGAACCUGUUCAUCUGUAACUAUUAAAAAAGUCAAUAAAUACAGUGGCUGGAAUGUG